AUGGAUUCUAAAACUGUUGAAUCCAAAGUUGAACCUGUUUCAAGUCAAUUUGGUCUUGGUUACAUAACUUCCUAUAAAAGCAACCUUGAAAGCCUCAAAACCGAGGUCCAAAAGCUGGAGGCUACCAAAAAUAGUGUGCGAGACUCUGUUGAUGAAGCUACAAAAAAUGGAGAAGUGAUUGUGAAUGUUGUGGAGAUCUGGCUGAAGAAAGUGGAUGCCACUGUUGCUGAGGCAAAUAAACUUAUAAUUGAGAAUGAUGUCCAUGCAAACUGUAUGAGAUACUUUCCCAAUUUACGGUUUAGGCACCAGCACAGCAAGAAAUCCCAGAAGAUUACACAAGAGAUUUAUCAAGUCCUAGAAGAAGGAAAUUUCGAUAGAAUUUCUUACUCUAAACCAUCAACACUGAAAGAGAUUCAACAAGCAUUGAAGGAUCCUAACAUCUUCAAGAUUGGGUUGUAUGGGACUGAUGGUGUGGGCAAAACAACACUGGUGAAAGAGUUGGCCCGCGAAGUUGAGAAAGAUGGGUCAUUUGAUGCUGUAGUUAUGGCCGAGGUAGACAAUUCUCCAGAUGUUGAAAACAUUCAAGGCCAAAUUGCUAAUGCCUUGGGUCUGAAAUUGGAUGAAGAGACAAAAGAAAGGAGAGUGGAUCAAUUGCGUCAAAGGAUAAGAAAGGAGAAGAAUAUUCUUGUUAUUCUGGAUGAUAUUUGUGGGAAACUUGAUUUGGCAGAAGUGGGGAUUCCUUUUGGUGAUGACCACAAAGGAUACAAGUUAGUGUUGACAUCUGAAUAUCUAAAUGUGCUUAAAUGUCAGAUGGGUACUCAAAAAGAUUUUAAACUUGAGGUAUUAUCUGACAAUGAUAGUUGGAAGUUGUUUGAGAAGAUUGCAGGUGAUGAUAUCCGAAUGAACAAUAAAGAUAAAUCUAUUGCACAAAAUGUGGCCAAAUGUUGUGAUGGUUUGUCCCUUUUUAUAGUUAUUGUAGCAAAGGCUUUGCGGAAAAAGCAUGUCUCUACUUGGAAGGAAAACUUAAUAAAAUUGAAAAGAUUUUAUGAACAAGGCUAG